AUGUUCUCUUUCUCCAGUACAUGGCACGUACUCGGGCCUUUUCAGAUUGGCACCAGAGAAGCCACGUGGGGCGCCGAUCCACUGGAGUACGUUGGCGGCUUCAGGAACCUCUCGUACGAUCCGAAGGCGACUUUCAGAAGCUCACUCCCUACCAAUGGCACUGCGACUUGGAACGUGACGGAAGCUUCGAAGAUCUCAAGCAGUUCAGUCUCAGCCAACGCCUCGUUGAGCGUGAGCUACUCCAACGUGGACUGGAAUUUCUUAAAGAACAUCUACGGAUGGGCUGCUGUCCAGUAUCAAGCAUGGGCUCGCGGGGAGCUCAUCAUCGGCGGCAAUGAUACGCAGCAUGUCGUUCUUCACACGGACGCAAUCCUGGAAUACUGGGUCGAUGGUCAACACUACUUUGGAGGCGACCAAUACACGUUCCGCAAGGCGCCACCUGUUUUGCACCUCACGCCCGGCUCUCACAGAAUCGAUCUUCGACUAGUGAGAGAUGUACGUGCGUUUGGCGGUAUCUUGGCGCCGACAAUUGAUGUCGUGGUCGAUGUACAGCAAGCAUCUGGAACUCUUGAACUGGCCAAGCCUGGCAUCCUCAUGUCUGAUGUUGUCGAUGGCAAAUUAGCGAGCCCCAUCGCAUCAGUAAGCUUGAGAAACAGUGGUGCGGCAGAUAUCGAAGUUGUUGGAAUUCAAGCUGCGAAUGUGAGCUCGCCUUUCUCUUUCUCCGGAGUGGAGGUUGGGCAGCAAGUUCUUACCGAAAGUGAUAUUGCAGCGCUGACAGCCGACGAGACUAGUAACUUGUCGUCUGCUAGUACUUCCGGCAUCGUCCUGGUUGCCGGUCAGACUAGAUCGCUUGUCUUCAACAUCACGUUGCCCAGCCAAAACGUGCCCUCGGUAUCGUACACUGUGACUUAUAGGAACACGGACAGCCAACAACAGUCGACUCUUCAAGUCUCUCAGGAUCUUCGUCACCUCUCGAUCUACAAGCCCCACAAAAUCACUUACCUCCACCCAGGUACUCUUGAUCCUGUAGCUGAUUUGUGUGCUUGGGUGCUCUUUCCCACCGGCGUGACACCUUGGUCGAGUGACGACUGGCACAACUGGGGCUUCGCUGAUGUGGAAGCAGCCGUGGAAACUAUCCCCGCCUGGAUCGAAAGCGUGGGCUGGAACGGACCUGAUGUGGAUGUCAAUAGAUGGAUAAUGUCCGGACAUUCGAAUGGCGGUCAAGGCACAUGUACCAUCAUGACCACACAAGCACUUGUCGACUUUUACUACGCACACACAAGCAACGAGGAUGAACUUCCCAGGAAGCUGGAACAAUUCACCAUAGUCGUGGGUGAUCCGGGAGAUAUGGGCAGCAAGAGUGGCAUCAGAGUCCUGCAAUUGAUCGACCCUGGUCAAUACGGAAGAGUGGAGGUCAAAGGCCACACUAUUCAGACGACUAACGUCAUGAGUCUGGAGUUUGAUCCUGUGCUGUGGCAAGAUACAGUCACGUUGAAUGGCGCAGAUUUCAGACUCGACGCAUCCCGUGAUGCGAUCACAAGCGCCUCAUCAGUGAAGGUUCUCAAUAUCGAUGCUGAAGAAGUACUAGUUACGACAGACGACGACGCGACAAUUAAUAAAAGACGUGGACGACAGCUAGGAUCCAUGACAGCUAUCCUCCGCACGCAAGGCCCGUUUGUGAUACGCCACGCAGGCACCAUCAAUGCCUCACAGAUCGCGCUCCAGGUCUCCCGCAACCUGCACCAGUAUUUCCAAGCCGACUCGGAUAUCGUCUCGUCUUUAUCCGAGUCCAGCAUCGACAAUGCGACCGGCAACAUCAUAACGCUUGCAAUAGGCGACAACAUACCAAGCGCUCCUCCCGAGUCUUCAAUCCACGGUGGCAGUGGGAAUUGUAGCGUCGUCGACCAUCAUGGCAGGAAGCAAGAAUAUGGCAAGAGGGCUCGCGGGGCGGCGUAUCUAAGGCCAGCAGGCGGAGAAAGACUCGAGCUGGUGAUAUGGGGAGCAGAUGAGGAGGGCCUGCGACAAGCAGCUCGUAUCGUGCCAAUGAUGACAGGUGUAGGGCAGCCGGACUUUGUCGUGUUUGGUGAGAGUGCAAAGUGGCGAGGUGUCGAGGGCGUGUUGGCGAUGGGCUUCUUUGAUGCAAAUUGGAAGGUGACUGCGUCCAGUGUUCUCGAAACUGGCUCUUGA